AUGGACCCGGUGACGGCGGAGAAGGUCGCGGCCAGGCGCCGCCUAGGCCGCCUCCACGCGCUCUUCCGCUGCGUCGAGGCCUGCCUCGCGCUGCUGCUCGUCUUCUGGUCCUCUCUCCGAGGGUAUGCCACGGCAAGGCUCGCCGUCGGCCUCUUGGGCCGCUUGCUCACCGGCCACCUAUUCAUCUUCCUCCUUGGCAACGCGAUCGUCCUCACCCUGCUUGCGCUGUCCUGCCGCCAUGUGGGAGCCAGAGACGCCAGCGGGGGCGACAUGUACGACCAGUUUCUGGCGUGCCAAAGCAGGGCUGCACCAUCGCGCCCAACGUCUCUGGCGGCAGAGGUGGAGGAGGUGGCUACUCCCCUGCCGGGGAAGGAUAAGAAGGCGAGGCGAGCGUGCCGGAUAAGCCGGUCGGUGAAGAUUAAGCGCCGGUGGAGUGGUACAGUGGAUCUCCGGCGGUCCGGCUCGGACGUCUCCGGCGUGGAGGCGAAACCUGACGUGGACGCCGAGGAAUUCCGGCGGAUGAUAGAAUCGUUCAUCGAGAUGCAGCAGAAGAGGUUCCAGCGAGAGGAAUCCAUGGCCGGAGUUGCCUCUUCCUUCCUGGAGGAACAACCACACCGGCAUACUGUAACUUGCUCCUGA